GCAAAGCAGGAAGAAAGGGAGCUCUAAAACCGUUCUAUUCUUUCGAGUCUACUUCCUGUUGCACAUUGAUCAAAGUAAAGGUGUGCGGGGGGGAAACAAAAUUGACUAGGAACAAAGAAGUUUCCUCAUUCAGUCUAAUAUAAGGAUGAGUAUAAGCACAGAAAACAACCGAGGGGGUGUGCAUUGAUCCUAAGGACCUGGAGGUAGUGUACGCUCUGAAGAAUGAAGCACCUGCCACUGUUGGAGAUGUGCGGAGAGUCAUGGGCUUUUUGAGUUGCUACUGUUCAUAUGUUCAAGAUUUCUCCAAACUCGCAACACCCAUCUACAAACUCCUGCAACCAAAGAGCAGCCUCAUGGGAGACAUGGGGGGGCAGAGAAGAAAGGGUGCACAGUUUCCAUCUAAAACCCCAGUUGAAUGGACUGAGAAACAUCAGGAGACACUGUAUGGUUGUGCGGAUCUUGAUACAGUUGCCAGCGUUGUAAAAAGGUACUCAGGUACACAGAUUCCCCUCAUAAAACCAAAGGGUUACAGUGUGAGAGUGUGUGGGCAGGAUGGCACAGUCUACGCUGGGAAUGAAGACCAGCUAGAAGCCUGGAAAGAUUUCUACCUGCCAGAGAGAAUGGAGAUGGUGGUGAUUGGUGCGAUUGACGAUUUCCCAUGUGACGCGUUUGGCCUGCAGUUAGUUCUCUUGCUGUGUGAAGACGGGAACAUCUAUGCAUAUGAAGAUGAAGUUCUGCACCUUGUAGCCAGGAGUGUAAAGGAGCUGUUUGAAACUGGCUUGACUUUUCCUGGAUUAGAAUGCUACAAGCUAGGGGAAUGUUUUGAGGACUAUACAGAGGAAGAAUACAACGAAAUCAUGGAAUCGGAUGAGAUCAAGGAAAUGAAAGAGGCACACGAAAAGUUCCGUGAGUCAUUGGAGCUUGGACUUCUAGAAUCUCUAAAAGAAUUCAAAAGCAGUCAAUUUAAGGAUGUGGAGAAAAGCAUGGCCCAACCCCAGAAGAACUCCACCAUGAUGAAAGAAUGUUACGAGAUUGUUGUUCGCAAGCCCAUGCCAGUUGUUCAUUGGCAAAACUGGAAGUGCUUAAUCAGUGCUGAUGGUAAGGUGGGAGUAUGGUGUGGUACCGUGGUCUAAAGCAGGGCAGCAUGCGCACACUCAUUCACACAUAGCACAUUCAUGUGGACAAGGGUAAAAUGUAAAACUCCACACACGCGCACACACACACUGUGUAUCUGUUUAGCAAACUUAUUAUCAACCAGCCCAUCUUAUUAACAAUUUCAUUUAUUUAUCAAAGUUUUAAUCUCUUUUUCAAUGUGUCUUUUACAAUGUUGAUUGUAUAGAGACAUUUAAUCUAUAAUUUGUAAAUCUUUGGUAAAUGAUUUCUCUUGAUGUACUAUAUAGUGAUCUGGCAUAUAUAUCCUAAAUCAGCAUUAACAAAAUAUUCCUUAAUGUGAACUACAUUCAUUUCCAUCUGUGUCCACUUGCAUAUGUAGUAAAAUACCAUUAAUGUAGAUUCUGUAUCGAGAACUUUUCUUGGACUGCUUUGCUGUGAAUAUUACUGCAGAAACUGUAGCUAACUAGCAUACACUAAAGACAGAAUGUAUACUGUAUGUUAUGUAAAUAUAAAAAUGUCCUUAGAAGGAAGAAAAAAACAUUUAAUGUCUCUUGCUUCUUGUUAUACAUUACUUUAAUAAUCUUGCACUUUUAAUGAAGUUAGUGGAAGCGUUGUGUUUAUUUUAUGUGUGUGUGUGUGUGUGUGUAUAUAAAAUGUCUAUUACACUGCCAUAUACUACAUUAAAUUAUUUCCAUAUUUGU